AAGGAGCGGCGCUCUGUCCGAAACAUGGAUGCAACCACUGCUCCGCACCGUAUCCUCCCGGAAAUGCCCCAGUACGGGGAGGACUACCACAUCUUCGAGAUGAUGCAGAACAUGCUGGAGCAGCUCCUGAUCCACCAGCCAGAGGACCCCAUCAGCUUUAUGAUCAGUCACCUGCGCAGGAACAAUGAUAAUGUGCCGAGGGUUGUGAUAUUAGGCCCGCCUGCCUCAGGGAAAACCACCAUCGCCAUGUGGCUCUGCAAACAUCUAAACAGCAACCUCAUCACCAAGGAGAACUUACUAGAAAGAGAGUUUUCCCAACUAUCUCUGGAAGCCAAGAGAUACUAUCAGGUUUACAAGAGAAUUCCCAAUUCAAUUCUUGUCAGCCUUGUCCAGGAGCGUCUGAAUGAUGAUGACUGCCUCAGAAGGGGCUGGAUCCUGGACAGCAUCCCCGAGCGGCGGGAGCAGGCUCUGAUGAUCCAGACUCUGGGGCUGGCGCCCAAGCACGUCAUCGUGCUUAAUGCUCCCGACACUGUCCUGAUCGAGAGAAAUGUGGGCAAGCGGAUAGACCCUGUCACUGGAGAGAUCUAUCACACUACCUUCGACUGGCCCCCCGAGCCUGAAAUACAGAACAGGCUGAUACAGCCAGAGGGCAUCUCAGAGAUAGAAACAGCCAAGAAGCUGCUGGAAUACCACAGGCACAUCAUCAGGAUUCUCCCUUCUUACCCCAAAAUCCUGAAAACCAUCAGCUCAGACCAGCCAUGUGUGGAUGUCUUCUACCAGGCUCUGACCUACGUCCAAUCUGGCCACCGAUGCAAUGCCCCAUUCACCCCCAAGGUGCUGCUGUGUGGGCCAUUGGGCAGCGGGAAGAAACUGCAGGCCGCCCUUCUGGCCCAGAAAUAUGGCCUUGUGGACAUCAGCUGCGGGCAGCUGCUGAAGGAGGCUAUAGCAGCCAAGUCAGCCUUCGGGGAGCUCAUCCAGCCAUUCUUUGAGAAGAGGAUGACAGUUCCAGAUAGUAUCAUCACCAAGGCUCUGGCAGAGCGUCUGGAGCAACAAGAUUGCAUCCAGAAAGGGUGGGUGCUGCAUGGCUUCCCAAGAGAUCUGGACCAGGCCCGGAUGCUGAACUCUAUGGGCUACAAUCCCAACAGGGUGUUCUUCCUGAAUGUGCCGUUGGAUUCCAUCCUGGAGCGGCUGACACUGAGAAGGAUAGACCCUGUCACAGGAGAAAGGUUCCAUCUCAUGUACAAGCCCCCUCCCACCAUAGAGGUCCAGGCCCGCCUCCUGCAGAACCCCAAGGAUUCAGAGGAGUACAUCAAGCUCCAAACAGACCUGUUCUACAGGAACUCUGGGGACCUGGAGCAGUUCUACGAUCGGGCCAUCAUUGUCAACGGAGACCAGGACCCAUACACAGUUUUUGAGUAUAUAGAGAGUGGGAUCAUUAAUCCUCUGCCCAGGAAAGUCACCUGACAUGCGAGAAGUCAGGGGCAAGCCCUACAGACACUCAAAUCCCCUGCCCUCAACCGCCCUCAGACCCCACCCAGCCAAUAAAGAUGUCACAACCUCA